CGACUCCGUAAUCCAACAGAAUGCAAGUGUCCGCUCCGAUUCGAGCACCGGCGUGGGUGUCCACGCGCCGCCUCUUCGAACAGAAACUAUCGGACCUUCAUAAAUGCAACAACUUAAGCCAAUUGAAGCAAGUUUAUGCACUCAUUUACAAAUCCAAUCUUCACCAGGAUCCGUUCGUCACCCCCAAACUCGUCACGGCCUUCUCUCUCUGCCGCCAAAUGCCCUGUGCAGUCAAAGCCUUUAACCAAGUCCACGAACCCAACGUCCAUUUAUACAAUACUAUGAUUAGAGCUCAUGUUCACAAUUCCCAGCCUGCCCAAGCCUUUGCAAUCUUUUUCUUGAUGCAGAGUUCCGGUGUUUUUCCCGAUAAUUUUACAUACCCUUUCCUUUUGAAGGCGUGUAGCGGUCAGAAUGAUUUUUCUUUGGUUAAAAUGAUUCACACUCAUAUCCAAAAGUAUGGUUUUUGUUCGGAUAUUUAUGUGCCAAAUGCGUUGAUUGAUUCUUAUUCGAGGUGUGGGUUGGUGGGUGUUGGUGCAGCUAAGAAGGUGUUCAGUGUGAUGGACGACAAAGAUGUUGUUUCUUGGAACACGAUGAUUGGUGGGUUGGUGAAAGCUAAUCGAUUAAACGAAGCACGCCAGCUGUUUGAUGAAAUGCCUGAGCGUGAUAUGGUGAGUUGGAACACAAUUUUGGAUGGGUAUGCUAAGGCGGGACAAUUGAAUGAUGCAUUCGAGUUGUUUGAGAAAAUGCCCGAGAGAAAUGUCGUAUCAUGGUCUACAAUGCUUACUGGCUAUAGCAAAGCUGGUGAUAUGGAGAUGACAAGAAUGUUGUUUGAUAAAAUGCCUGUCAAGAAUAUGGUUUCUUGGACCAUAAUAAUAGCAGGUUAUGCAGAAAAGGGGCUUGCGAAAGAGGCAACCGAUUUAUAUGAGCAAAUGGAGGAGGCUGGAUAUCGGCCUGAUGAUGGGGCUAUCAUUAGCAUUUUAGCUGCAUGUGCUGAGUCUGGUUUGCUUUGGUUGGGUAAACGUGUUCAUCAAUCGAUUAAUAAGAACAGGCAUCAAUGUAGUAUCCUUAUCGAAAAUGCUUUAAUUGAUAUGUAUUCUAAGUGUGGCAGCUUAAGCAAGGCGUUAAGCAUCUUUAAUGGGAUGGGUAAGAAAGAUUUAGUUUCUUGGAAUGCCAUGAUUCAUGGGUUAGCGAUGCACGGGCAUGGAAGCAAAGCACUUCAACUUUUCUCCAAAAUGAAACAAGAAGGAUUUGCCCCUGAUAAAGUUACCUUUGUUGGGGUUCUAUGUGCUUGUACUCACGGAGGUUUUGUUGACGAGGGGAUUCAAUAUUUCUACACCAUGGAAAGAGAUUACAGGGUCCCUCCAGAAAUCGAACAUUAUGGCUGCAUAAUCGAUCUUUUAGGCCGUGGAGGGCGUCUUCAAGAAGCCUUUAGGUUAGUGCGCACCAUGCCAGUUGAACCAAAUGUCAUCAUAUGGGGUGCCCUUCUUGGGGCCUGCCGACUUUAUAAUGCAGUCGAACUUGCUCAAGAGGUGUUGGAACACUUGGUUAAAUUAGAACCUCAAAAUGCAGGAAAUUAUUCAAUGCUGUCUAACAUAUAUGCUGCAACUGGGAAUUGGGACAGUGUUGCAGAUAUGAGGUUGAGGAUGAAGAACACUGGCAAUGAAAAGCCAUCAGGGGCUAGUUUGAUUGAAUUAGAAGAUGGGGUUCAUGAAUUUACUGUAAAAAAUACUUUGCAUCCUGCAUCCGAUAAGAUAUAUCAUAUGGUUGACGGAUUGAGUCACCAUAUUAAGAAAGUUGGUUAUUUCCCUGAUGCAUUCUACUAGUAUAAGCUGGUAAAGGGCUUCAGGAGACACUGUUAUGGUGCUGGAAAUUGGAAAUGCCUCAGGUAAAGUGGCAAACGGAGGAAGUGCUGCAAGAUUCAUCACUCGGCCCUUCUGGAAAAUGACUUGAUUCAUACUUGAUUCGUGUUCUCAAGCCAUAAUGAUAUACCUCUCAAUAUACAGGGAUUCAUCUUGUAAUUACCUUUGUCUUAUAUUUUUUUCUUGUAAACAUGGGUGUUCGGGCCAACUUGCAUGCACCUGGCUAAUUCCACGGGGUCUAAUGGGGACCUAAAGAUAACAACCAUGAAAUGGAGACUCGAA